UUGUAUAUAGAUCUAAAUCUAGUCUAACGUGAGACGCGAAAUAAAUCAUUAAUUAUUUUAGAUAUGCAUUUAAAAUAUUAAAUACACAGUAAAUAUUUAAGUUAUCUAAGUUUAUUUAAACCGAAGUUUGUGUUUUUUUUUUAAUUUAAAAUAUUUUAUAUUGAUAUUUAUAUAUUAUAUAUAUAGGCCUACAGUGCUUUUAAAGUAGGCGCUGGUAGGCCAACUCAGGGAUGGAUUGCCUAACUUUUAAUUACUAAUAAAUUAAUAAUAAACGUUAAAAUACAAGAAAAGUUGCCUAAUAACUUUUCCCCACAUUGAAAAAGGUGCCGGUACGCCUUACCGGUGCGUACCGUCACAAAAAAGCACUGAUUAUAGACCUAUAUAUGUAGGCCCUGUAGUGUAGGGUAAAACUUCCCAUCGAAGGCCCCUAGAUUCUAGAUGUAGAUCUACCGGUAGGCCUUCUUCAUAUAAUUUAAGAUUCCAAAUAGACUGGCUGUAAAAAAAAUAAUUAAAUAAAACACCCUAUAUAUGCUCAACAUGCAUAAAUAACUACUACUAGACCAGAUCUAUUCAUCAUCUAGUUCAGUGUUUCCCAAAGUGGGGUACGGGAACAGUUUGGAGGGGGUAUGCGUUGCACAUCAUUAACUAUGCUAAUUUUUUUAAAAAAUACCCUUUUAGUAUGUCCAUAAUAUUCAAAAACAGAACCUAAUAAAAUACCAAGAAAGACACAAAUAAAGGCAUAUUUCUUGUUCCAUAUGCUAGGACAAAUUUGUACUAAUGCUCCUAUUUUUAGAGCAUGGGAUGGGUUGCCUGAAUCAGCCAGGAAAACCAAUGACUAGGCAGAGUUUAAAUGACUGAUUAACAUGCAUGACUAGAUUGACAUAAAAAACAAGUGUAGGACAUAACAUCUUUUUUUGAAGUAGGCCCUAAUGUCUGUAUUUUAUAAGAUUAAGCAGUACCCCUUUUGGGGUACCAACAGGAACAGAAUUCAUUGCAAUGACAGGGAUAGAGAAGCUCAACAGCUAUUUAUAAUCCACACACUAUUCCUCAAGCCUAGUCUUAGGAUAAGGAGCUCUGAGGAAACAGAGUUUUAGCUGGUAGAGAUCAUCAUGAGGCAGUGGGCCUCAAAAGUGAUCAAAUUUUCAUCUCAGUAUAAUAACUCAAGUUGGAGUGCAGAGCAAAUUUUGGGACCUCCAAAAGUUUAUCCACAAUAUGGAGACAUACAAGGUGCAUGGGCCUCAGCAUCGAUUGAUAGCCUUCAAUUUAUUGAGUUAGAAUAUGAGAAAGCUGUUCUCCCAGAAUCUAUUAACAUUUAUGAAACAUACAAUGCUGGAGCUACAGUUGCUGUCAAGGUUAUGAAUCCAUUUAACCAAUGGGAAGUUCUCUGGAGCACCACGGCCGUAGAAAAUAUCACAUCAAGCAGAAUAUUUUCACCUCCUCUCAAAGAAGUGAAAUUUGCUACCAACAAAGUAAGAUUAGAGGUUAACUGCACUGUGGCUGCUAGUUGGUGUGAAAUUGAUGCUGUUGAGUUCAUUGGCCAGGAGAAAGCAGGUUUAAUAUUAGAUGACAAAUCCUACACUGAUGCAAUGAGAAGUAUUAUUAAUAAUUCAACAUACAGUGAUGUCAAACUUGUGCUGAACAAUGAAACUGCCUAUGCACACAAGUCAAUUUUGGCAGCCAGGUCAACAUUUUUUUCACAAAAAUUUGAACAAUACACAACAGAUUUAAUUGAAUUGAAUCUGUCUAUUUCUUAUGAUGAUCUGUUAGCCAUCUUGUCAUUUAUUUAUACCAAUCAGUUACCUCCAGGCUUCAGUACAGACACUCUGAUUACACUUUGUGAAGUGUCUUCGACCUUAGAUAUUCCAUCUAUGAAACAAUAUGCAGUUCAUCGAUUAUUUUCUCUCUUGACUUAUGAAAAUGUUGUGGGUAUAUAUUUACGAGUACAAGAUCAAGAGGCAUUUGAGGAAAUAAAAGAUUAUUGUCUGAAAUACAUGGCCGCACAUUUAAAGGAAAUGGCCAAUGUUGCUAAUUUUGAAACGUUAUCCCAGAGUGUGCUAGUGAAAGUGGUACAAGAAGCUACAUCCAUGAUCAGUUUAGGUGAUGGUUUCUAAGUAAGAAGUUAAGACUGAAAGUGGGUGAUAAGAAUCUUUGAAUUUCAUUCUGCUAUUAGGUAGCUAAUUUUUAACUGUGAUAAAGCAUAAUACAUUAUAUUUAUUACAAAGCUUAUAUCAACUUUGUCAGUCUGUCUUGUCAAAAAUUUGUAACAGUACACAUUAUUUUUCUGACACCCAAUCUUGGAUCAAGCUGAUAUUUAGCACAAUUAUUUAUUUUACCUGACAACACAAUAAUCAAUAAAAACAAAUUACCAAUUAGUUAAUUAACUAUUGGUAGUAAAUUACUUUGUUUGGUAUCUCAAAAAAGGGAAGAAACAGUACAAGAUUGAAGUAGUGGUAUAAGCUGAAUUAGUCCCCUUUCCAAGGGAAAGAAAUAGUACUUGACUGAAAUGGUGGCAUAAGCUGAAUUUGGUCCCCUUUAAGGACUGUCAUCUGAGGCUUAUCACAAAUUUAAUUACAAGACUGAUUCAAACUAGAUCUAAUUGAUACACUGAAUAUAAGCUUUCUUUUUUUUAAUAAGUAUUUUUGUAUUAUUGUUUUUCUAUAUAUAAGCAUAACCUAUUAUAACUACAGUCACCAAUGUUUAUUUUAUAGAAUAUUUUAAAAUUAAUACAUUUUUCGUAUUAUUGGAUCCCCUGCAUUUUUUAAAAACAAAUAUUCUUAUUAUAAAUAAAUUGACUGAUGUUGAACUUGUAAACUCUACUUGGUGAUUGUUGAAUCUUGUUAUAGGCAUUUAUAUUUUUAAUGCAUAUUGCUUUUUAUACAAUAUAUCUUAAUGUUACCACCAAAGCUUGUAAACUGUCAUUGUACAUUACCUAGCUUAUCUGAAAAUUAACUUAUUUGCACCAUUAAUGUGCAGAAUCAUCAGUUUUUCCACAUUUUAUCUAGGUAAUGUGCACAUUAAUGGCUUCCUUAUUUAUUUAGUGUCUAAGUUGAGAAGUUUGUUUCUCUCAUAGUGUUUGCUCAAAAGCAGUUUCAGGUAUACAUUGUGGGAAAUCUUUGUUCACGUAAUUUAUAGAGAAAUAGAUCCUAAAGUGGAAGAGUAAGGUCAGAAUGAAUUUGGAACACCUGUAAUAAGAAUAAUGGUAUGUAUCAGAAAAUACAGUGUGAUGAGGCCAGAAAAGGCUUACAGAAGCAAGCAAAAACUUAAGUAGUUUCCAAUGUAAAGCCCCCAAAUGCUGAUGAAGCUAUCACUGUAAAAAUUAAAAUACCCGAAAUAGACUAAGCAAAAACUGAUAGCCGCUUGAUUUUAGUAGUUCUUAUUGAGGAUGGCUUUUAUUAACUUUGUGCUACAACUGCCAGCAGCACAGUGUUGUGGAGCACUAUAGAGCAGGACAAGACACACUGAAAGUCUCUGGUCAUCCACUGCACCCAAACUCAUCCCUGGACGUCUUGACCAAAUCUUGCUUUCCCGAAAAGGAUGGGCUUUAGGGCGAGAGAGUGAGGUUGAGGUGUUUCGCAAAUCCUCCUCACUUAAAUCCAUAUUCCAGCGCAGAAAAGCAAGGCUAAUGACACUAGCCCCAGCUGGAAUAACCUGCCCUGUGUGCAGCCGAACAUUCCAGGCUCACAUAGGUCUCGCCAGCCACAUGAGGAAGCACAAAUCCCAGUGCAAAGCCCUCAGCCACCUGGAUGAGAAAAGUGGUCAUCAUCAAACCACGAUGGACGAACUAUAUAUAGC